AUGGGCUACAACAGCAACAGUUGCAGCAAGAGCAGAUACGCCGCAGACGGUGGGGGGACAGUGGUCUCAUUUUUCCACAACGUUUUCCUUGCUGCCGCCCUUCGAUGGAAACAGUCGUGGUUUGCAAAGUGGACUGCAAGCCCUUACGACAGCUGGAGCAGCAGUGGCAGCGGUAGCACGCUGGACUUAGGGGAAGCAGAAAUUAGGGAAAAGGACUAUGCUUUACAACCCUUUGAGGCACCAUGGCCUACAAGAUAUCAGCAUGCUCGUUUCUGGAUUCGGGUUGCUCCCAGGCUUGUGGAACAGCUUGUUACGUCGAGUCUUCUUGUUAAGCGUUACGCAGUAACGGAAAAACAACUGUUACCAGUGCAUCUGGCCAACGCCGCAUUCAGAGAUCUCGAGGCUCUUGUUGUGCAGCACAUAGGAGCUAUCGAGGAAAGGGACACCAGGAGGCGGAGUCGACGCCAAAGCAGCAAGAAACUGGAACAAGAAAGCAAACAAACGCUCGAGCAGUGGCUGCAGGAAAUCAGAGCUUCACCUUCCAAAGGUUUAGCUGCAGACAUUGCCCACGAUACUAGGCGAAACGGAUCAAUAGAUGCAGCAGGCGAAGAUAGCCCAAGUGGCUGGAAGGACAGCACGAAAGAAGAGAAGUUUGUGUUCGAACAGCAGCGUAAGGGGACGGACGAUAGCUUAUGGAGCAUUGACAGCGCCGCGGCAGCGGCAGCUGAAAGCGCUGCGGCUGCAACGCCUCAAGCCCUCGCUUUUAGGCACUUAGAAAGGGCUGCACAUCUUUCACGAGAGUUUAAACAUGCCAAGCUCGAAGAUUUGCAGCAACUGAAGACCAUUACGAGGGCACUUGAAUGGACGGUGGCUGAGGUGUUUGAGAAGAUGUCAGCGAUCCGCGCCGCCGCAGCUGAGGAGUCCAUUUGGCAGGAAAGCGCAGCUCCGCCCCCCGAAACACAAAAACUUCUCCAUGACUUUGCGCUGCAUCUGAAUAAGCGAAAGCGCCAGAUGGCGUUACUGCAGCCCGUGAGACAGAAAAUCCUACUGAAGCUCCUUGCUGUCAGGUUUCUCACUGACACUCCUCAGCAGCGGGAGAAAAGGGAAAGGGAAAAACGCAGGCAGGUUGCUCAGCUUUUCGGAGAGGAAAGCAGCAUCCUUUUUUUUACACAACAAGGGUGA